AUAAGUGGUCUGUGGAAUUAGGUCUUUCUCUUUUUAGUAACGAACGCUCUUGCUCGUUUCGUAUUUGUGAUUUUCUGUGUAAAAUCUUUUGAAUAUUGUUUUUUUUUUGUCUUUAGUGUCGUCCAGUACCGAUGCGUGUAAUAGGUGUUGACAAUUACCAUUACUACAAUGGACUGUAAUAAAUUAACUGUAAUGAAAGCAACGCGCAAAAUAACAUCGCAAGCACUUACCGUCUUCCGAUUGCGAUGACCAAACGACAGCGGGAACCAUGAUCGCCAAUUUACCGCUUCUUUUUGCCAAUGGCAAUCCGACAGCGCUUUCGAAAAUUAGUGCUGAAGAGUUGGAGAGGUUCAUAACUUUUAUGGUGACAUGUUCCUGGGGUCAUGACACUGCCAAAGAUAUUCGCCAGCCUCCGUGGUGGCCGAAAGAUGUAGUAUUUUCCCACCCUUUUGUCAGACCAUCACAGGUGCCCAAAGAUUGGGCGGCAAGGUUGAAGAAUCUUGUGAAGAGAUGCUAUGAUUUUCACAAAAGUACAUUCUUGCUGGUUUUCUCAGCUCAGCUGGCACGCUACCCACGCAACAGGCUGAGGUAUGUUGACAACCGCGAUCAUACGACGUCUCUCUACUACCGACCAAGCGGUCGUCUUCUUGUUACAUUCAGGAAUGAGAAUAUUUACUAUGAUCGAGAUGCACCAAUGGAUGUAGAAGAGUUACCUCAAGCUGCUGAUAUAUAUCUAUGUGACAGUUGUGACAGUCACUUUGACAGUUUAGAUUUAUUGACAGCACAUGAGAGGCUCUGUAAUGACGAAUCUUCAUCCAACAGUGGUGGUCUGUCUGAUUUUCUUUCUGCACUAAAACUACAGCCUAUUGGAGACAAUGUGAAACCUUCUUAUUCAAAAACUCAUCAAAAUGAGAUCAAACCCAGGAAUGCGAGAAGUGCAGCCAAUAUUGAUAGGGGUCCUCCAUAUCCAUUCUCGUCUUUAGCUUACAUGAAAAAUGCUAAGUCUAAUAUACAAAGGGACACCAGUUACUCGAGGGAGAGAAUUGAGAGGUACUGUUGUACUCCAUUUUCUAUUAGUAAAACAUUAGGUAGUAAAAGUAAAAAUCAACAGUUUCCAGUAAGGUACAGAAGACCAAUUGAUCACUGGCACAGGCGACAUAUAUUUCCAAAUCAGAGAAAAAAGAACAUUCUAGAUCUGAAAAGUCAACUGUUAUUGUUAAAGUGUCGUCCUGUGUCUGUGGACAUAGAGGUAAUGACAGAAAAACGUAUACAGGAUUAUAUUGAGCAGUUAAAAGAAGAAGCUGAGAAGAGGAGAGCUGCUGCUGAGAAAGAUGUCAUAUAUGUAGAUGGAUUAGAAUACAGUGAGCACAUGUCAAUAAGUGAAACAAGAGAUCCACUAAAACGGUUAGAGGAAUGUGAGAUUAUUGAUCUAUGUUCUGAUGAUGAAGGAGGAAGUGUGAAUGAAAACUGUGACCCACGUGCUGGAAUAGCUUGUGUGAUGCGAGGUGGUGCAGUGUUAAGGCGAGCAGUGCCACCAGCGACUCCUCGUCAGUUGCCUGCAGAGCCUUGUGGUGCUCGUCACCGGCCACUGUCUGUGGAAGUCUGUGGUGCCCGUCAUCGCCCUUUGGCAGCAGCAGUUCUGCAACCCCACCCUGUUAUUUUAAUUGCACACACACUCAACCACUUACAGACUAUAUCUCUAGAGUGAUUCUGAGUAAUUUGCCCAUAAUAGGUAUGUUACUGAUUAUUUAUUAUUCCUUGAAUAUUAAAAAAUUUAAUGUUUUUUAAAUGUUUUAUUUCUGGUAAUGAAAGUGGGCAUAUGUGAGCUGCAAUCCAUUAUUACUUGCAUACAACAGGAUCUUAGAGGGAAAGGCAAAACCACUGGAGAGUCCUGAUU